ACAUGGGCAUAUGCAAUAUGCAUGCUGUUUGUACGCUUGCUUGAAGGACUGCGCUGCCGAGCUCCUUUCAAAUGCAUGGCGUGCAUGUAAAUGUACCAUUAUUCAUGCAAAGUCGGUAAUCAGUUAUUUAUCUGUGGUGAAGUUAAAUGUAAUUUUUUUAUUGAUGACAUUUGGCCAAGUAAAUAAAAAAGAUUUCGAUUUUCACUUUUGUGUUGUUGGAUUUUUUUAAAGCAUGUGUUAGUGUUCAAAGGUCUAGAACAACUCAAAACAGGAGACUGAAACUUGUGUAACAAAUCUGAGGACAACAGUUACUUUGAAAUUAAAGUAAUGGAUCAAGAAAAACCUAGUUGCAGUGUGAACCAUGGGAAACGCACCCGACCUUUGUUACUUCAACCGAGAGCCAAGAUCCCCAGGACGGCUGCGUACGUGAGUUCUACGUCCAGUGGUGUACUUAAAAACUCCAAGAAAUUGAGUCCAAGCUCACCGAAAAAACCGAAAGUUACCUAUAAUAAAAGUGACGUGCCAACCCCUGGUACAGUUGUGCCAGAAAAACAUGUUCGCAAGGCGGGCCCUUACUUGCUGGGCCCUAAAUUAGGGCCCAGUCCUGUGAAAAGUAUUGUCCAAUGUUUAGCAAGGAAGGAAAAGACUGAUGACUUCUACCAAAUAAAGAUAUUGAGUUUAAGGAAUGAAGGGCAGGUGGAGACUCAAGAUGAUAGACAAGGGAAGAUGCUUUUGCAUACGGAGUACUCUCUGUUGUCCCUUUUGAAGGACCAGGAUGGUGUUAUUCAUCAUCAUGGACUGUUUAAGGACCAUGCCUUAGAAGAGGUGCCCAAUCCGAAUGGACCAGGUUUCAUCUACACUGGUCGGGUUAGACAAAGACUGUUCCUAGUUCUAGACUGUGUCACUGCCCACCAGUUCAGCGAAAAAGGCAGCGAGCUUAUAAAUCUACAGCAAUAUGUAACUAAAGUCAAGAAAGUGCCGGAAAAAGAAGCUGUAUUGAUUUUCUAUGAUAUUGUUAGGGUGGUCGCUAAUUUACAUAAAACAAACAUAGUACACAGGGAUUUGAAAUUGGGUAACAUAGUAUUAAAUCAACGCACAGGCAGGGUGACCAUAACUAACUUUUGUCUUGGGACACAUUUGGGAAGCGAUAGAGACCUCUUGAAAGAUCAAAGAGGCUCACCUGCCUAUAUAUCACCAGACGUGCUAAUGUGUAAACCGUACCUCGGCAAGCCGUCAGACAUGUGGGCGUUGGGAGUGGUUCUGUACACAAUGCUAUACGGACAGUUCCCGUUCUGUGACACGAGUCUAGCGCAGCUGUUCAGUCGGAUACAGGCUGCCAAUUAUAAUAUACCGCCGGAUGGUAACUCAGUACAAGUGACAGACAACACAGUGUUUCUGAUCCAGAGGUUGCUUGUCAAAGAUCCCAAACACAGACUGCUCGCUGAUCAGGUACUAGAUCAAUUGUCUAGCAUCAUAGCAAGUUACGUCAUAGUCCCAAAUCCACCUGAAGACUUGCAAGUGGUUCCCGACGUGGCUCUGGACGAAGAGAAGGAGAAAGAGAAGCCCACCAAUGGCUCCAGUGAGAUUGAGAGGAAGCCUUUCCUCACCUUACCUGAUAAUGGGGAGAGAACGCCUAAUGCUAAUGAUGAAUUAGGGGUAUUCUGUGUACCCUUACCAGACUUCCUCGCCCUAAACUUCCCGUCACCCACCAGAGUGACACAGAACAGCAUCCUAGUGCACCCAACAACACAAGCCGACACACAGAACCAAAGACAAAUAACCGUCCAGAGAAUAGGCAGAGACGCAAGACCUUUGUUGCCAUACGAAAUAGCGAGGUACCAACAUAUGUUCACCAACCAACGCUCAGAAACUUCUAGAAGAACAGAAUCCCAGAACUUCCAAAGGACUGAUCGUCCAGAAAACUCUCGACUACGCACAUUAGCACAAAGGAUUCCUCGACUAUCGCCCAUUCGACUAAUAGAUACACUCGACCAGGAUUACGUAUUCCGGUUGCCGGUUUUGGACCUUUCUAGAAUAUCGAAUAGCAAUAGAAUUAUGAACCCGGCUCCAACCCACACGGUGAACCCUGAGGCUGUUGUCAAUAACCCAAGACCACCCGCCGACCAAUUGGAGUUUUUAUAAGAACCCAAUAUUACCACGGACGCGUGUUUAGCUAGACACCGCUCAUCAUACAGACGUUUAAUUUGUGCAGUGCACCUAAUUUAUGCGUUUAUUUAUUUUAUUUAUUUUUCGCAAGGAUUUUUAUACUAUUAGAUAUGUUACGUAUAUAUUAAUAUACAAUUAUAUACUACAUAUAAAUACUUAUAUAAUGUAUAAAUACACACAGACACUGGAAAACACCCAUGCUCAUCACACAAAUAUUUUCCAGUUGUGGGAAUCGAACCCACGGCCGUGGAUGCAGAAAGCAGGGUCACUACCCACUGCGCCACGCGGCCGUCAAUUGACACUUUCGUUUUUAUAUUACGGCUUCUAGCUAAAUAUGAGUCCGUACACAGAACCUAUAAAAUACAGAGUGUUUUAUUUAAUUGAUGUGCUGAAAAAAAACAUGAAACUAAUUUAAGAUGAUUUUUUUUACUGUGAAAAUUAUUUUAAUAUGUUAUAUUCUUAUUUUCUUUUGAUUUUGUCUUUACUGAAAUGUUUUCUUUAGGGAAUUAUUUUUGGUAGUGGAAGACUAAUUAUUUAGUACUAGUAAAAUGUAAGUUUCUCAGUUAAAUAGAACAUACUGUGUAGUUACAGGAUUGUGGGUAGUUCCCGAGUUAGUUAGUAAAGAACGGCAACCGUAUCUGAAUCGGAUCAGUAUUUUGUAGACAAUAUCGCGGAUAUACAAACAGUCAAACAUACAUAUUAUGGAUCGAAUACAGGAUUUUCUUUUUGGAUACAGGAUUUUUAUAAUAAAUAAGCAUCUAGGUAUUUUAUCUAUACUAAUAAUAUAAAGCUGAAGAGUUUGUUUGUUUGUUUGUACGCGCUUAUCUCAGGAACUACUGGUCCGAUUUGGAAAAUUCUUUCUGUGUUAGAUAGCCCAUUUAUCGAGGAAAGCUAUAGGCUUAUUUUUUACAUUAUACCUUUAUUUCUACGGUAACAGGAACCACGCGGGUAUAAACGCGCGGCGUCAGCUAGUAUAAUAUUAUAAAGCUAUAGAGUUUGUUUGUUUGAACGCGCUAAUCUCAGGAACUACUGGUCCGAUUUGAAAAAAUAUUUCAAUUUUUAAUUAAUCAUUUACCAAGGAAGGCUUAUAUGAUCCCCGUAUUCCUACGGGAACAGGUACCACGCGGGUGAAACUGCGCGACGUCAGCUAGUGUAGUUAUAAAUGUGCUUCCACCUUAGCAUUUGGCAGCUAUGUAAAUGGGCAUAAGGAAUUAAUUACAUAUAAGUAUUUUUUUUUAAUUUUAAGUGUUCAAUAGUAAUGUUAAUAGUGAUACUUAGAUAUAUUAAAGAAAUAAAAGCAUUGUUAGUACAGAGGCAUAUGAGGUCCAGGGUUUGAGUCCCGUAAGACCAACAAAAAAAAUAAUUUUCAAGAAAUUCUCAGUAGCAGUUUUGAGUUUGGAAGUAAAAGGUACAAAAAAAAUCCCAUGCUUAAAAGAGCACGUUAAAUCUUCGGUAUAAAUCAUCGCCUUUAGCCCGCCAACCUGAUUUAGCGGAACGUGGUGGGUUAAGCUCUUUCUUUUAAAAGGAGGUCGGUUCGACAUAGCAUAAAUCAUUCUUUCAUGAUUAUUGAGGCUUAAAUACAAUGACAUAUUUGUCAAGAAAUCACAGUUUAAUAGAAAAACAAUUUAAUGGAUUUUUUGUUUAGUUUUUAUUUGCAUUUUAUAUUUUUUUAAAUAGUUGUUUACUGCCACCGCGAUUUGAAUUUCAAAAUCGGUUAACUUUAAUUUUUUUUAUUAUACUAGGCUAUAGUAUCACAAACUUUUCUGGUCUGUGGCGCUAACGUCCGACCAACGAGAUCACCUCAUGAAGAUAAAUAGACAAAAUUCAACCAAUGGCUGUGCAAACGGAAAUACCGCAAUGUCUUUCAUUGUGUUGAGACGAAAGAGAUGGGACUGGGACAACUUUACCGUAAUUGGAUGACUUUUCGCUGUCAUUGGUCGACAUUUUGUCUAUUUCUCUUCACGUGGUCGCAUGUUAGCGCCACUCUUGGCCAAAACUGGAACUAGAGUGCGCGCACGAUAAGUUUGCGCGUGACCAAAAUCGGAACUAAAAAAAAAUUCCGCUAUUUUGUCGUUUAUCUCUAUCUAUCUCUAUAAUUGACGCGCACUUUUAGCACCAUUCAGAUCGCCAUUUUGUAAAACAUUAUACUAUAGUUGAUGACACUCCCAUGAUAUUCGGGCGACGGGGGGAAAGACUGCGCGUGUGUGAAAUGGUGCGUGCGGGGAAGUGAGAUGAGUGGGGUCGUGGGUUAUUCAUUCAUCGCUACGCGCCCCUCGGCCCGUGCGGACCAUUGGGUGUGUUACGAACGAAGUAGCCAAGCUAUAAAAGCGCGACAAUAGCGACACUCAAUGCGCCAGAUAAGUUUUUGGCACUAACCUUUUUUUGUAAUAAAUAUUUUAAAUAGUAAUCUAAUUAUAAAACCUUUUACAUAGAAUUGGCUAUUAAGGUACUUAUUAUAAUAAUAAAUAGAACAAGAAUCUGCAGUAGCCAGAUCUUUGGGGUUUUGUAAAAUUUUAAAGUUUUCUGUUUAAAUAACCCACCUACUCGUUCCAUAGAGUAUGUGCAUCUAUGGAGUGUUGAAUUCGAAAAGUAGCAAUUUCAAAGGUCCACCCUUAAUAGUCCAUGUGUAAAUCGCCUGAGAUCAUUAAAGUUUAUUUUUAACGGUGUUCGAAUGUCAUAAAGCUAAGUGUCUGGCUCUAAGUAAAUCAUUUCCCAUAAUAUGCCAAAGGAAAUAUAGAAAAAAUACAUUUUAUACUUGAACGAUUGACGCUCUGUAGGCUAGAUAAUAUGGCUAUAUCUUUCUUUGCUAUGAGACGAAAGAGAGGGAGGUAUUUUCAAUGCCGCCGCUAUUGGUCGACAGUAUGUCUUUCCUCUUCACGAGAUAUCGAUGCGAGCUUCUGGAUGGUUGAAACCUGCUACCGAAAUAAGCCACUAUGGCACAUAGUUCUCCACCUUUGGGUUAUAAACAUUCAGAUUUUAUAAAAUUCCGAAGAUCUGGCGACGACAGGCUGUUAACACCAAAAGGCUAAUUUGCACAACGAGAGAAACACAUUGUGUAACUUAGCCAUAAUGAUAAUAAUUGUUAGCAUUUCGAAUCGAUUUUAUUAGAUAAGUUUUAACAAUAAUUAUUAUAACUAACAACUGUAAAGAACAAUCGAUUUUUAAUAUUUGUACAUGGCCAAAUUAGAAAUUAAAAAAUAAAUUGUAAUGUAAAUAUUAAUUAUUAUAAUCUGGUGUAAGUAGAGUUAAAUGAACAGUUUUAAUUGAUAUGUAGAUUAUUUAUAAGUAAGGAAUAUAGUGUAAAUUUAAAUUCCUCAUUAGGCUCAGGAUUCUAAAUAGAACCCUUCGCUUGCUUGCGGGAUUCAAACUUAUUCAAUCUGACAACGUCACCCCAUUGGCUAGUACAGUUACGCAAGCAACCAAUAAACUAGCGGCGACAAGCAGAAGCUUUAGCCGCUUAAAAAAAGAUUAUUCUUUAGAUGUAUCCAUUUCAAUUACUAAAAAUAAAAAAAAACAGUUCGUAUUUUAAAAAAGCCUUUUGUGUACAAUACAGCGAUUAUUAGAUGGCUCUUAGGGAAGCAAUUAAAAAAAAUAAAAAAGGAAGGUUUUUCGCACGUAAUUAAAAUUCUGGUUUGAUGUUUAUUUAAUUUUUAAUAUAAACAUUUAAAUAGGUUGUUUACUUAAAACUUGUCGUCCGUUUUAAUAAGUUUUAUAAUCAACGACCAUAGAUUAUUAUCCAUAAAACCAUAGAUUACAAAGUGAUGUAAAUAUUUUAAAGAACAGUGUAUGUUGAUCUUAUUCUAGGAAUAGAAGGCGGAAUAGUUUUGUAUAAAAUUGGUAAAAGUUAUAACUUUUUAAUUAUUUUAACUUCAUCUAAAAUAUGAAAUAUGUAAAAUUGGUAAUUUCUUUACAAGAUAUAUUUAGUGGAAGUCUGGAAUUAGAAAGUUAGUGAUAUUAAACUGCUGUGCCCCGAAGAGUACUUUAGGCCAAUCAUCUGGGGGCACGACAGUGCCCUCGCCAAGUCGAGCGUUGCCUUACAUUUAGAUACAUGUGAUAGUGUUCGUUACAGAUUCAAACAUUAUUACCACCAUAGACCCGUCUCAUUGAGGAUUGUCGAGCGUGGUGGGUUUGAACUCCGAAACCCAUUUCUUAAAGAAAGAGGCCUGCCCCAGAAAAUAUUCAUCAUUAUUAACCCAUAUUCGGCUCACUGCUGAGCUCGAGUCUCCUCUCAGACUGAGAGGGGUUAGGCCAAUAGUCCACUACGCUGGCCCAAUGCGGAUUGGUAGACUUCACACACGCAGAGAAUUAAGAGAAUUCUCUGGUAUGCAGGUUUCCUCACGAUGUUUUCCUUCAUCGUUUGAGACACGUGAUAUUUAAUUUCUUAAAACCGGACCGGAUUCGAACCCUCACCCUCCGGAAUCGGAGACAGAGGUCAUAUCCACUAGGCUAUCUCGGCUCAGAAAACAUUGGCUGAUCUUAAUAAUGCAUAACGACCGAUUUUUAUAUUAUACAUAUUUUUCGUUUUUACGAUUGAUUUUGUCGAUUUUAUAUAUCACAAGUACUUUUUUUAUGUGACGUUUUAAAAUAUUUACGCCAUUUUGUUAGUUGCACCCUACCUACUCUAUGGUUUUUGAUAUUUUAUAAUUUUUAUUUGUUAUGUAUUCGAUAUUAGUGUAUAGAUAUUAUAUAUUAAGUAGACAAUUUUGUUAUUUGUUAGACGCAUACUGCACAAGUGUGUAGGCUAAUAAAGAUUGUAUUUUUAAAAAA